AUGGAUCAAUAUCCAUCUCCAUAUGUCUCAAUUGUUCCACGAUUAGUUCCAUCUCAAUAUUCCCCAAAGAAAAUAGGAAUGAUUGAUGAAGGUAAUCAAUAUUUGGAUAAUAAUUCUGGUCGAAUAUAUACAAGUCCAACAACAAUGUUAAAUCGUUCAUUGAAUAAUCCACCAUUAUCAACUCGAACACAACUUAUUAAUAAUGAAGAUAAUACAUUAGCUAAUCAAUCAUUUAUUUCAAAUAAUAUUGAAAAUGGUUUUUAUCCUCGAUCAAAAAGUCGAAUUUAUCAUGAACCACUUAAAGAUAAUAGUGGAGAUAUAAAUCGAAUAAAUUCUUAUUCAAAAUCUGUUUAUCCAAUAAAUGAUCAAUAUGAUUUAUAUGAAAAUUCCAAACGAUAUUCAAAUGAAAAUAAUCGAACUAAUAAUAAUUAUCCAAAUUUGAAUGUAAUUAUAAUAAUAAUUAUUAUUAUUGGAUUAUUUGCUUUAACGGCAUUAGCUAUAUCGAUCUAUUUACUUGUUAAAAUAUCUCAUACAUAA